ACACAGCACGUCCUCCUCUGGUUCACCUGCUGCGUUGGGCCUUCAGAGCGAAAAGCGCUUCGCUGCAGGAGCAGGAUUUUCAGUCGAAUGUUUUUCCCAUGUGGUUGGAUGGUUUCGGAACAGGUUAAACUGAUGCACGUGGGUGGGUGUGAAACUCUUCUUUGCUGCCUGCCUCCUACACAAAACUUCGUGACAGUUGGGAGAGACAUAAACAAAGCAGAUGUAUAUUGGUGGAACAAAACAACAAACAUUAAAAAAGUACAUCAGAGCUGCAAAAAUAUUCAAUUAAGAAGGAAGGAACUGAUUUAUUUAACAGAUUUUUUGUAAAGCUUGGGCAACAACAAAGCACUUUCAGUCAUAACAUGAAACAUUUCAGCGUAACAGGUGACAGAAACAGAACAAAUGCAGCUUAUUUCAAAAGAAAUCAACCAAACUGAGUCACUUCAGUCCAAAAUUAUCACAUAUUUUCAUCACUUAGCUUUAAAAAUGAGUUUACAACAUUGCAACAUUACUGUGUAAUAUUGUGUUGCUGUUUUUUUGCAAUGCUUUCGUGUAUUUAUAUUUCAAUAUUUCAGCAUCUUCAAGCUAGCUAGGCCCUCUGAUAAAUAAAUGUGUGUUAAUGUCAGAGUGAUGUGUUUUCUUUCUCCUUUCUGUUGUAUUUUAAUGCGACGCGUGGGCGGCACAGAGCUGAGAUCCGUGCAGGAGAGCGAGGAGCUGCUGGUGAAGGUGGCUGCCACCAUCAACAACCUGUCAUUCUACCUGGAAGAAAGCUCAGAGAUCAGAUGCGAUCGUCUCUCGACAGCAAAGCUGAUGCUGAAGCUGAUGAUGAGCUCCAGCAUGGACGCCACGCUGGAGGCCACUCGCAUUUUUGGCAACCUGUCGCAUCACAAGGACGUGCGGGACUUUAUCAUGCAGAACAAA